AUCAGCAUCCCUGGUAGUAUGUGUAGUAUAAAUUAAUAGCCGCGAAACGAAUUAUGCCAAGUAGAUUUUUGUAAAAGACAAAGGACCGAGAAAACUGGUGAUAGCUGAUCAUUGAGUUCUGGUCAUGAUUUUCCAGCGUGAGGUGCGCGUUGCGUUGCGGUUGUGUCAAGUGUUGCCCCACAUCCAUUCCAUCCACACCAGCGAACGCCGAUCGCCAGUCGUACAAGCGAGCGAUACAACAAUGCGUCUGAGUGUGUGUCCGUGUGCGUGAACGUGAGGCAUCCGAAAAUUAUUCAUUCCUCGAAUCAUAAAAUAAACGAAACGGAACAAAACGGUCGGCGGAAGGUAAUCAAUACGCGUAUUAUGUGCAGAGCCGCCCAGCUAAAAUGUAUCAACAGGAACUAGUGGAAGCUCUAGCAUAUCUAGAUCUUCUAAAGGUAUCUCCCUGAUACCAGACUUGUUUUUCACUUGGGCCGUUCCCCUUUGUUUUCUUUUUUUAUUGUGGUAUCUUCUAUUGUUGUUGUUUGUAAAAUACAAAAAAGGACAUAAAUCGGAUUCGUAAUUCUAGUUCGACGCCAGCAAUCGAAAGACGACUCUGCCAUGGAACAGGCUCCGCGACCCGUGCCGGCUCCGCGGCGGCUCUGCACCGAGCUACGUCCCGCCAACUAUGAGAACAUCGAAAUCAAGCCUAGCAACAACAAUAACAACAACAAUACUAUCAUCAGUUUCAAGAAGCUGAACAUCAACGCGGAGAACCUGCACGGCAACUGUGCGGAGAAGAAGCUGCCGGCAAGUGGGCAGAACAAGCUGCAAGUGCUGCAGGAGAACAGCGCCGAGCAGCAGCAGCCCAUCUACGGUCCCGACGCCAACGAGAAUGUCCCGACGGAACCGAUCUAUGCCGCGCCCCGACCAGCGCCGAGACAGCGACUCCCGCCGGAGGAGCUCCCGCAGGAGCCGCAAGUCGAACUAGAUGUGGACGCGGUUCCUCUGAGAGCUGUGCGCACAGCUCCCCAGGUGCCGCCGAAGCCGCCCAUCCUAGAACAGCGCUUGUCGAUAUGCAGCGAGAUGGAGCAGCAGGGGGAUGCUACGGCCUCCUCUCUCUACGGCUCGAACGCCUCGCUGGACUGCUGCUCGCAGGGCUCGCAGAGCGGCAUGUUCAAGUCGCAGUCACCCGGGUACGUAGACGACGUUGAUGGCGUUGAUCAGCGGGGUCAGCCAUUUCCGGAAGAUUUCUCCGACCCGGGAACACCUCCGCCAACGCCAACACCACCACCACCUUCGACAUCUUCAUCGACGUCGCUCGAUCAGUCCUCCAGCUGUGAUCAAGAACAAGACCAUGAUCGAGAAGAUGACAAGAAUCUUCUGCGAUCCUUGGGCACCACCUCGAAACUGCUGGGCGAGGCCAUUGGCGAACGGAUCACGUUCAAGGCCAAGGGUGCCAAGAAGCGUCUGGACAGGAACCUAAGGAGCUCCACGGAAGCGAUCAGCAAUCUCAGCGCUGACGCUGGCAGCCGUCUGAAGAAUGCCAGCAGGCGAUUCGGGUCGAACUUCACCUUGGGGGCAGGGGGCCAUGGGGACAGAGAAGCGGAGGCUGGAGAAAGCUCCGUGGGAGAGUUUGACCUUGAGCGACGACAGACCAUGCCCAACACGGAUGUCUUCAAUGCGAUACAGUUCUCCAGUCCCCUGAACCGGAAUGUCGUCGGCGGAGGAUUCACCGAUCUCCGCGAUCAGGCAAAGGUCACUGCCAAAGUCAAAGUUGAGGAUCAAGAGGUGCCAGCUGGGGGGGACGGUGCCGGGGAUGAUGACGGCUGUUAUGAGGUGCCCAAGGUGCAGGGUAAGCCCCCCAGCUACGAUGAGGCACUGAGGGCACGUCCCUCCCCACCUCCCCCGCUGGCCAAAAAUCUCUCUCAGGAGCAGGUCCAGCUACGGACGCAGCAGCGUCCCCCGAUCCGCGGAGAUGACGCAACGACGUCGUCUCCGCCAUCGUCCCUGCCAAUGCCCGCGUUCCCUCCGCCGCGCCUCUCCCAACAGCCGGAGCGGUUCCGGCUGGACGCACUGCAGCCGCCCGUGCGGCAGAAGCGCCGCAAGAACUACGAGCACAUCGAGCUGCGACGUCCCCCCGUGGACUCCGCCGAGCUGAAGGAACUGAAUCGGGCAGCGGCGGUAGCGGAGCGAGAGGAAUCGCUGCUAAUCUGCGCCAAGAUUGCCGCCGAAGAGGCGAGGGCCCCAAAGCCAGAGCGCAGCGAUUCCUGGCAGUUCUACGGCGAGGAUGUCGAUUCGCAGCAGGGAGAAGAGGUGCAGGAAGAAGACUCCUCCCGGGAACCGGUCUAUGCCAACCAGGAAGCCACCUACGGGAAGCUCUUCGAGAUGGCCACCGCGGGGAGCAGUCGCGGCUGCAACUUGUUGACCCCCAACCAGCAGCAGCAGCAAAACCAGCAGCAGCAAGAGCUGGCCUGCAUCAGCGAAGAUGGGGAGCUGGACAGCAACGACGGAGCCGUCGGUGGAUGGUCCGCGCCCCAGGAGCUGAUCGAGGAGUUCGAUCCAUUAAUGAGCAGCAAGUGCUCGACGCUGGAGCGUUCCAACAAGAGCAACGAGCUGCUACUGCUCGAGCACCUACUGGAGGAGGACACCUACGGCACUGUGAAACAAGAGCGGGAUCAGGACGAUGUCAGCAUGUGCACCUCCGAGGAGGAGCCGCCUAGUGGAUGUGCGGCCACGACAAGUGGUCGCCAGCCCCAGAUCGUGCACCAAAAUGCCCAGCUGCUGAACGACAGCCUGGAGCAUAUGCUGGACCGCGAGCAGGAGCAGUUGGAGGCACGUGCCAGGCCCUAUCUGAGCAAGAUACCCGAGGGGACCGCCAACAGAUCCAUGGUGGACUUGGCCAGCGCCUCGAGAAAUCGCACCAAUUGGUUUGUGGCAGACGGUUCUCCAGUCACAACCACAGCCACAGUCACCUCCACCUCCACGUCCAGCAGCAGCACAAAGUCAGCACUACCAAUCGAAGGCGACAGCCCACCCACCUACCUGGAGGCCAUUGGAGGAACAGGAACCAGCGGACAGACCGCCCCUGUCAGUAUCGAGUCUCGUUCUACGCUUAGCUCUCGUCUGCGGAAGACGAUAACCACCUUCUCGAGCGUCAAGCUGCGCAUGGAUGUGAUGAAGAGGCGCUCCAGCUUUAAGGCGGGGGCCCAGAGGCAGUCGGAGGUGAAGGUGGCCCUGCAGAUGGUUCCCCGGCCCAGUCUGUCGCCGCUUCUGGUGCGCUACGAAGGUCCCCUUGUGCGGUUUCCCUCGGGCGUGGUCGAAGAUAUACUUAAGGAGAUGCAGAACCGAAAGGCCAUACUCAGGGACCGCCAGUUCCAGACAUUUCUCGACCAGGAGAUGAAGACGCCAAGGGAGUCGAUACCCUUGGACACCAUAACCACGCUGCAGUGCGUCAGCAACAAUCGCGUCACGGACACGGCGACCCACUUUUACUGCUUCGAGAUCACGACAUCUCAGCCGAAAAACGGAGGCAACGGCAACGGAGUAAGCGACAGCAUGUCCUCGAAUCCCAAUCUGGUGAUGACCAGCAGCUCGUCAGGGAACGUCAAGCAGCAGCGGGUUUCCCAUCUGUAUGGCGUGGGCAAGGAGUCCGAGAGGGGCGUCUGGAUGCAGAAGAUCCUUGAGAGUCUCACCAACAGUAUGCCUGUCAAGUACACAUGCCACUAUUACCGCGCGGGCUGGUGCUACCUAAAGAACUCUAUCACGUCAGAGUGGAGUGGCACCUGGUUGGUGCUUCGCAAGAGCCAGCGACGUCUCAUCUUCGUGAGCGAGGCCACUGGGAAUGUGGAGAAAAUGGACUUGCGCAAGGCGCGAUGCAUAGUGCUCAAGGAGAGUGACGAGUCCAUCGACAACCUGCACGUGGGGAUCGGGCCAAUGCUGAUGAUUGACUGUCCGCCGUAUGCUGUCUACAUGAUCAUGAGCUCGGCACGAGAGACAAAGAUCUGGCGUCACAUCAUUCGGGAAGUGGCACACAACAACGGCUUUUCGCUGGGGGAUCAGCAGUUGACGCGGUACGAUGUGCCCGUGAUAGUGGAUAAGUGCAUUAACUUUGUGUACAUCCACGGGUCCAUGUCGGAGGGGAUCUAUCGCAAAUCAGGCUCGGAGAACUCCAUGCACAAGCUGAUGAGCGCCUUCCGAGCGGAUGCCUUUAAUGUGGAGAUCACCCGAAACGAGUACAAUGAGCACGACGUAGCCAAUGUCCUCAAGCGGUUCAUGAGGGACUUGCCCGAGCGCCUCCUGGGCAAGCUAACCGACAGCUUCGUCUUCGUCACCGAGCUGAAUUUGGCCGCCGAGAAGAUUCCCAUCUAUCGUGAGCUCCUCGCUCGCCUCUCGCCCAUCGAGCAUGAGACCUUGCGCCGGAUCGUGGGCCACCUGGUGUUCAUUAGCUCGCAGCAGACCAAGAACAAGAUGAGCGUUCAGAAUCUAACCAUGAUCUGGGGCCCAACGCUGCUGGCCAAGAAGAGCGAUGAGCUAAUCUACUCUCAGAAAGAGGCCGAUGUUCUCAGCGAUCUCAUUCUUCUGUACAAGAACCUAUUCCCCGUCAGUGCCGAUGAAAUUAAACGGGAGCAGGCCAUGCUGGCAUGCCUGCAAAAGUAUUACGCUGCCGCCGAGACGCUCAAAGAUGCGGUCAAGCAGUCGGGGGACAUAAAGAUCUGGAUCAGCCUGAAUCCGAAUCCAGACAACAUCACAGAGGAAAAGAUGCAGGUGAACGCCACGAUUUCACCCACCAAAACCGCCUACGAGCUAUGUCGGGAAUAUUCCGUCAAAAUGCAACUACCAACCCAUCAACUGACGCUCUACGAGGUGAUACUGAACGGCAGCCUGGAGCGGCCCCUGCACCAUGACACAAAAGUGUUCGACGUGAUCCUUAACUGGUCGUACUGGCCGGAGGAAGAUCGCAAGCACAACUAUCUGAUGGUGCGGCCCAUUGAGAUGCUGCGCGAAAUACAGCGGGCGAUCAAGAAUCUGGCCACAGUGACGCCCGGCAAGGAGCUGCGCUUCGCCGACAAUCGCACCAAGACGUUCAAAUCUCUACAGUGCGAGCUGCGCGACGGCAAGAUUGUUAUUUCCAAGAAGGACAAAAACGACAAGACAACUAUUAUCAGGGAGAUAUUUCUGCAGAGCUGUACGGCGUAUGUUGGCUGUGAGCGCAAACGAGACUUUCCAUGGAGCUGGGCCAUCACUUUUGUCGAGCGCACCCAGGCACAGAUAAUGAGAUCGCGAGAUGCUCCCUACAUUGGCCAUGUUCUGGCCGGCAGCGAGUGGGUGGAUCGUACCAUUUGGUAUUCGAGCAUCUGGUAUUGCCUCUACGGUGACAAUAUUUUACCACCAGCUGAGAUCAUCCUCAAGUAAAGGAAGAUCUGAUCAGCCCUAAACCAUAUUUUUGUCUCUCUGUUGCAUUUCUUUAGUUAUUAUGUACAUACAUAGAUACUCUGAAUUUAUAUGAAAUAUGAUUAAUUUACGAUCCGAUUUUCACCAUCGUUGCACCCCGCCCCCUAACUUUUCGAAGUUUUUUUUUCCUAAACAUAAAAUGUCGAAUAGACUGGAAAAAAAUCUACAUAGUAAAUAAUACUAUCAUACUAAUGAUCCACAUUAUCUGUACAUAAUCAUAAUCGCCUAAAACCAAAAUUGUACAUUACCAUAAAAACAUUAUUUUUACUUCUUUGCAUAUGUAUGUAUAACUGAGUGUUCGAUACAGUCUAAGUAUCGAAAUUACUUUCUGACUACAUAUACUUUUGGCUACAUAAAGCCAAACAGGCAAUAUUUUCAUAUUUUUAAUAUCAUUUAUUAUAUAUUUAUAUAUAUACUUGUUUUAAUGGGGUCUGCGAUUAUAUACAGUACAUACAAAUAUUUUGUACCCAUUCAUUUUAGAAUCAACACAAUCCAGAAAAGGAAAUGUUGAAUGAAAA